AUGGGCGAAUGUCACGAUCGGUCUUUUAAUAUUCUCGAUUCUGCUCAUCAGCUGAUGUCUCCGCUUCGUCAAACACGUCGCCAAAUAAAUGUUCAAUCAAGACACCCUAUUGUGGGCCAGUAUGACUUUCGUUUAGAUCUUAAAGACACCCAAUUAACCAAAGAAUACAAACUCUACAGUGGAUCAAACGGCAAACGAGUUCUUUUUGUCAAUCGGGAUAGACCUUUCGUAUUGCGCAUCCUGUUUCGGUUACCUCUGACGCCUUCUAACCUUUGGAUCCGUAUUAUUCCAUUGUUCACUUCGCCUUCAAGGCGUAAUGAAGCAGUACUGAGAUGUGCUAACCAUACCUGCCAAUCAGUGGCCAAAUCUCCGGCUGCCUCUGUCGCGUGUCCUGUGGAAUCGUCACAUUGCGCCGAUGCCUCUCGAAGUCUAAUUUGCAUCCAGAAUCCCCUGGCCAAGUGUUGUUACUUAGAGGGUCAUUUAACUGUUCUCCUGCGUCUCGACCAAUGCCAGUUGGCGAUGGGUGUGAAACCACCCUCACCGUGUCCUAAAAAACGUCGGGGCUCGGUAAAAAGUAGUCCACACGCUCCCCUUCAGGAUUCGCAAUUUCUACCUGAUGAAUGCACACCGAGUUAUCCUAUGGGAGUUGCGUCGGAGGAUUUGGUGUGUAGGCUCGGAUGCUACAAUAGCUGUUUCGGUGGUCAGCCAAAGGGUGGUAUUGAACUCAUUGUUAGACUGGAAGAAUUACCUGAAGACCCAAGCCUUCCACCGAUUGUUCACGGCCUUGACAGUGUGGAAAUUCACUGCUCCUCCACUCCAGCUAGGGAUAUUCGUAAUUACGCCGAGAGUAUUGCCGAAGCGAACAGGAAAGUCUCUGCAAACGCUCCCAAGCAAAGCGUCACCAAAUCAUCGUCCUCAUCAUCGUCUUUCAAUGUCAGCCGUCGAGGACUCGCAGCAUCUUCGGUAGUCACCUCUAGUAACAUUUUGAGCAGCGGCACCAGUCGAUCGAAAAGACGUCUUGCUCUAGCUGGAGGUAACUUAGGUGGUGGAGAGUGUGCCCCAAGGAGAAGAGGUCGGGAUGAUGACGAUGAUGGCCUUAGUAUUCUGUCCCAGUCGUCGUCGGCUUCAUCUCAAAAUCUAACGACAACCCCUACUCCAUUUCCCAGCACUGGUACUACUACUUCGGCCUCCAUUGAAGUACCAGAUAGCAGAGGAGUGAAGAAGGUGUAUUACCUGGUUGUUACCGAUUCUAGGGAGAGAGCGGAGCAGUACAGGUUCUUUGACAAUUCUGCAAAGGCGUUUGUCGGGUCCCGAAUGAGCACGAGCCUUUUUGCUGCCUAUGGCAGGGAGUGCUUACGAAUUCAAAAUAGGAUGUAG